AUGUCACUCUUGGGGCCUUGGAGAUGCCUUUGGGCUCUGUAUGUCCUGAAUUUGUUCUUUUCAUUUAGCAGCGCAACCCAAAAGCCUUUACAGACAGUCAUAGAUGCCGCCCCGAAGCGGGUGGCUGUCAUCGGAGCUGGAGCUGGAGGCUCCUUCGCCGCAUAUGAAUUGCGCAAGCUCGCAGACGCCUCAGGCAUCCCUGUCAAUGUCACCGUAUUUGAACGUGCCUCGUAUAUCGGUGGACGCUCGACAACGGUCGAUGCAUUCGAAGACCCUGCAUACCCGAUCGAGCUGGGCGCUUCGAUAUUUGUAGAGGUCAAUCAAAUCCUCAUGAACGCAUCAUACGACCUGGGUCUCUUCGUCCUCGGCGCAGACUAUGCCAGACCUAAGCAGACCGACGACACUAUAGGAAUUUGGGAUGGCUCCAAGUUUGUAUUCACAGUGCAAGACACCUCCAGCUGGUGGAACAUCGCCAAGCUAUUCUGGAGAUAUGGGCUGGCACCGUUGCGCACUCAGAAUCUUAUGAAGGAGAUUGUGGGUAGAUUCCUGAAGCUCUACGAGGAGCCAAUGUUUCCUUUCCGAUCACUGUCGGAGGCAGCAGCAGCGGUCAAUCUAGUCAAUGUAACCGCUUCCCCGGGAAAUGCAUUCCUCAAUGCAAACUCGAUUUCGGAGUCAUUUGCACGAGAGAUCAUCCAAGCCAGUACGCGGGUGAACUAUGGCCAGAAUCUGGCGCUGAUCCACGGGCUUGAAUCCAUGGUCUGCAUGGCGACGGAUGGCGCCGUAUCCGUUCAUGGCGGGAACUGGAGGAUAUUCGAUGGGGUAUUGAAGGCUGCCAAGACCGAGGUCCGGUUGAAUACGACUGUCACCAAUAUCGUGAGAAGUAAGGAAGGUACUGUGCGAGUUACCUCCAAGCCAACUUUUGAUCUUGACUCGGCACUAUCGGAUUCAGAUGAAACCGAAUUCGAUGAAGUCAUUAUUGCUGGACCGCUGCAAUACUCCGGUAUCUCAAUCUCCCCACCUCUAGAGCGGGUGCCGGAUGAUAUCCCAUAUGCUAAACUUCAUGUCACGCUUCUUGCCUCGCCGCACCGGAUUUCAUCUCAGUUCUUCGGCCUUGACGACAAAACCUCACCCCCGGAGACAAUUCUUACUACUCUUCCCGAGGGACUCGACCUUGGCACCAAUCCGAAGGGUGUUGGGCCUGCUGGGUUCUGGAGUGUCAGCACCCUCCAGGAGGUGCCUCGAAUCAUUAUGAAAGAUGGCAAGGAGCAACACGAGGAUCACUACGUCUACAAGAUUUUCUCCCCAGAGCGACCAACCGCUGAGUUCAUUGCCGAACUAUUCGGGAUCGAUUACUCUCGUAAAACCUCUAGCUCAGAAAUCGCUGGUCUUGAUAACUCGACCAUCGCCGAUCUCCCCAAGAGCGAGGUUAGCUGGUUUCAUGAGAAGGUCUGGCAUCCAUACCCUCUUAUGUAUCCCCGCGUGACGUUUGAGGAGGUUCUUCUGGCGCCCAGUGUCUGGUACACCAGCGGCAUUGAAAGCUUUAUAUCCACAAUGGAGACCAGUGCUCUGAUGGGUAGGAACGUGGCUGCGCUUAUGAUUCAAUCUUGGCAGAGAGAAAAGGAUGAGAGAGGCGAUCAAAGCUCUUCAACUGGAAGAACUGAGCUGUAG